AUCAACAAAAUUCGGUCGUAUAAUUUGCAAAUAAACAUAAAUCACAGGUUAUUAAGUUCAUUUUGCGUACCUACCAAUGAUUUUUUUUUUUUUUUGAACACCACCAAUGAUUCAUUAGUAUAUGAUAUUUUCAGCUUUCUUUUGUGUUGAAUUAUCAGCCGAGACUCAGUUAAGUGGGGAAAGUAAGAAGCAACAACUCCUCUUCCCAGACCUUAACAAAUCAACUAAACUUAGAUGUUAAACAAUUAAAAAGGCUCAUCACGAGUUAGCUGAUUAUUCCUAAGUCGUAACCAACCACUACUCCGAAUAAGGACUAUAUAAAUACUCGUCCAGCUUUCAUUAGUUUCCCACCACAAGUAGAAAACAUUUCAAUACACAAUCAACACACUUCUUCUUUCUCUAAAUCCCAGCUGCAAGAGAUAAUGGCGAAAGAGUCCACCACCAUUGACAUCGGCGAACCGAGCACCGUUACCAAAAGUACAAGCCAUGCCGUGGUGGACGAGAAGAAGAAGAGUUUUGUGACAGCCGCCGCAGGAGGCGGCUACAAGAGAGGUUUGACCAUAUUUGAUUUUCUCCUCCGUUUGGCGGCCAUAGGAAUCACCAUCGGGGCUUCUUCUGUCAUGUUCACCGCCGAGGAGACACUUCCCUUCUUUACUCAGUUCUUACAGUUCCAAGCCGGUUACGAUGACUUUCCCACGUUUCAGUUCUUUGUGAUAGCCAUAGCCAUAGUGGCCAGCUAUCUCGUCCUUUCACUUCCCUUUUCCAUCGUCACUAUUGUCCGACCACUGGCAGUUGCGCCCCGGCUCAUCCUCCUCAUCUCCGACACCGUGGUCUUGACGCUUACCACAGCAGCAGCAGCAGCGGCAGCAUCAAUUGUCUACCUUGCACAUAACGGCAACGCAAACACCAAUUGGCUCCCCAUAUGUCAGCAGUUUGGAGACUUCUGCCAAACCGCAAGUACUGCAGUUGUAGCUGCAUCUAUCUCGGUUGUCUUCUUUAUCCUUCUCAUUGUCAUCUCAGCCAUUUCCCUAAAAAGGCAUUGAUCUGAAAGUUUCUGCAUGUAUAUGUUUGUGUUGUGUCGUGUGCUUUGUGUAAGAUGAGAUGAUAGAUAUAUGGUAUCAUUAAGGUGUGGUCCGUGUGGAAAAUUAAACCGGAAUUCAUGUAUUUUGUAAAGAAAUUUGUCUUGGUUCA